CCUCUCCUGGCCACAACUCUCCUCCUCCCAGCCAGCGCACACUCGCUGAGGCUUCCGCACCAACAAGAGCAGAGAGACGCGUCUUUCAGCCUUAACUCAGCCUGAGUUCGUGUGCACCAUGUACAGAGUUUCAGUGCUGCUGCUCCUCCAGCUGACGUGGUGGAUCGUUUCAGCUGCACCGAUGGUUUCAGCUGCACCGGUGGUUUCAGCUGCACCAGCGGUUUCAGCUGCACCGGCGGUUUCAACCAUCAGCUGCAACGUGACCCGGCUUCCCAACAGAACCAUCCGGUACCAGCUGGAUGGACCCAGCCCCCACGGCUGCAUCACCUGCUGGGAGGACGUCAACAAAACCGUCAUCGCCCGGGGCAACCGCUCAGUGAGGACUCUGGUGGACGACUUGCAGAGCGACCACAUCGACCUGAAGGUCUGCCAGGACUACCUGCGCUACUGGAGGGACUGCCCGGAGAGAAAAGAUGAAGUGGCCUGCCAAGUGAACUGCAGCCGUCUGGAGUCUGAGGAACUUCGUCCAGCCGUUUUCUGCCUGAACGAGCGUCUCUGCUUCAACGAGCUGACUGCAGGUCUCGUCAUCGGAGGUCUCGCUGUCGGGGCCGUCGGCCUGGUUCUGGUCUUCAUGCUCAUCUACAAGUACAGAAGCAGAAGACCCGGGUGUGGGGAGGCUCCCUACUCCGGACCAGAGGAUAUCAAGCUGGGGGGGGUGUCCUCAUCAUGUAAACCAGGGAUCUCCAACCCCCGGGACGCUACCGGGCCGCACAGAAAGAAAAAAUAUGUUCUGUAGCGUCCCCGACUGAUGAUGGUUGACUCUCAAACUGUAAACUUCUCAGUUAAAAGUGCUUCAAAUCCGCUACUGCUACUACCGCUGCUACUAAAUAUUUAAUCACUUUUCCACUGUUGCUCUGCUUACUGCCCCCUAUCGGUCACCACCGCAUUAUUAUUCAUUAAACUGGUCCGUGGUACCAGUGGCGUCAAUUCAGUCAAAGCUAAGGUAUGGCAAGCAGUGGCGGAGCGUGGGUCUCAGUCCAGAGGGGGCGGAGUAUUCUCCAUGGGCCCUUAUGAUAGUCAUUUUAACGUUCAACAACAUCAUCCUACCCAAGAAAUGGUUGAUUAAUACUCAGCUCUGUCAGCACUAAAACUCAAUUGCACCUUUCUGUACUUUUGUACUUUUCUGUACUUUCUGUAUCUUUCUGUACUUUUUUGUAUUCUUACAUCUGUCCAGGGACUACAGAUGAAAAAUAGCCUCUUGGCUAACUGGCACAUUUACAGCAAUGUUUUUUAUUGAUGUGCAUUGUCCCUGU